AUGGUAAAUAGUGAAAGGCAUUUAUUUAAAAUAAACCUGAUGAGCUCGAGAGAUGACUCAGUGAUUAAGAGUGCUUGUUGCGAAUGGAGAAACCUUGAGACAGCCAAGAAAGCAGAAUAUGAAGGCAUGAUGGGUGGCUAUCCGCCAGGCCUUCCACCUUUGCAGGGCCCAGUUGAUGGCCUUGUUAGCAUGGGCAGCAUGCAGCCACUUCACCCUGGGGGGCCUCCACCUCACCAUCUUCCGCCAGGUGUGCCUGGCCUCCCAGGCAUCCCACCACCCGGUGUUAUGAACCAAGGAGUAGCCCCCAUGGUAGGGACUCCAGCACCAGGUGGAAGUCCAUAUGGGCAACAGGUAGGAGUUUUGGGGCCUCCAGGGCAGCAGGCACCACCUCCAUAUCCCCCCCCAGCUGGCCCCCCUGUCAUUCAGCUGCCAACAACACCCAUGUUUGUGGCUCCCCCACCAAAGACCCAAAGGCUUCUCCACUCAGAGGCCUACCUGAAAUAUAUUGAAGGACUCAAUGCUGAAUCCAACAGCAUUAGCAAGUGGGACCAAACUCUGGCAGCUCGAAGACGGGAUGUCCAUUUGUCAAAAGAACAGGAGAGCCGCCUACCUUCUCACUGGCUCAAAAGUAAAGGGGCACACACCACCAUGGCAGAUGCCCUCUGGCGCCUUCGGGAUUUAAUGCUUCGAGACACUCUUAACAUUCGACAAGCAUACAACCUAGAAAAUGUUUAAUCUCAUCACUGUGUUUCUUCUAUAGA